AGAUAUUUAUUUUCGUGUUGUCAUGCAAUAGGAGACCGAAAUAGCGGAGAAUCGAUCUCUCUCUCUCUCACGGUGACGCCCUUAACCAUUGGGAUUUGAGCUGCGUUUCUCUAUCUAAGAUCUUUCGCAACCACCAUGUUUUCGUCGCACAAGCUCAAAUCUGUCGAUUUUUACAGGAAAAUUCCUAGAGACUUGACGGAGGCAUCGUUAUCGGGUGCAGGGUUAUCGAUUUUAGCAGCCUUAUCCAUGAUGUUUUUAUUUGGAAUGGAACUAAAUAAUUAUUUAACAGUGAGCACCUCUACAUCCGUUAUUGUUGACAAGAGUUCUGAUGGGGAAUUCUUACGAAUUGAUUUUAAUAUCAGUUUUCCAGCACUCUCAUGUGAAUUUGCAUCUGUUGACGUGAGUGAUGUCUUGGGAACAAACAGGUUGAAUAUAACGAAGACAAUCCGCAAAUUUUCAAUAGAUCCAAAUUUAAGGCCUACAGGUUCUGAAUUUCACUCAGGACCAAUUUCAGAAGCUAUUAAGCACGGAGAUGAAGCUGAUGAAGAAUAUGGUGAUGGUUCUGUUAAACUAACUGGACAAAUUUUUGAUAGAAUUUCACAUCAGCAUCCAAUCUUGGUUGUCAAUUUCUAUGCUCCUUGGUGUUACUGGAGUAAUCGCCUGAAACCUUCAUGGGAGAAAACAGCCAGAAUUAUAAGAGAGAGAUUUGACCCAGAAGUGGAUGGGCGUAUUCUUUUAGGAAAGGUUGAUUGCACUGAAGAAGGUGAAUUGUGUAGAAGGAAUCACAUACAAGGGUAUCCAUCCAUUCGCAUCUUCCGUAAAGGAAGUGAUGUUAGGGAUGAUCAUGGGCACCAUGAUCAUGAAUCAUAUUAUGGAGAUCGAGAUACAGAUAGCCUUGUCGCGCUGAUGGAAUCUUUGGUUGCACCUAUCCCAUUGGAGCCUCAGAGGCUAGCUUUGGAGAAUAAAUCUGGCAAUAUGACAGACGAUGCAAAACGACCUGCACCACGAACAGGAGGAUGUAAAAUUGAAGGUUUUGUGCGUGUCAAGAAGGUUCCAGGCAACCUUGUCAUCUCAGCUCGUUCAGGAGCCCAUUCCUUUGAUGCUUCUCAGAUGAACAUGUCACACUUCAUUUCCCAUCUUUCAUUUGGUAAGAAGAUCUCUCCAAGGGUCAUGAGUGAUAUGAAACGUGUACUACCAUAUCUUGGUGGAAGCCACGACAAGUUGAAUGGCCAGGCAUAUAUGACUAAUCCGGAUGACACAAAUGCAAAUGUUACUAUAGAGCAUUAUCUUCAAGUUGUAAAGACGGAAGUAAUAUCUCGUGAACAUAAAUUAGUUGAGGAGUACGAGUACACAGCUCACAGUAGUUUGGUACACAGCGUAGAUAUCCCUGAAGCGAAGUUCCAUUUUGAGCUGUCACCGAUGCAGGUCUUAAUAACAGAAAAUCCCAGGUCCUUUUCGCACUUCAUCACAAACAUGUGCGCCAUUAUCGGUGGCGUUUUCACGGUUGCUGGGAUAUUGGACUCAGUUCUGCACAACACUCUCAGACUGAUGAAAAAGGUCGAACUAGGCAAAAAUUUUUGAUAGAAAGAUGAAUUAGUCAGUGUGUAAAAGAACCAUUCAUUUUCCAUACCCUUUUAAUUGGGAAGCUUUUCUAUAAAUUACUUUUGAUGUUUUCCUUUUCUAAAAUUGAAAUGAAGCAUGAGAAAUGUAACUGUUAGACAAUUGAAUUGCUGAUAUAGAAAAUGAUCACUGCAUCAUAUGAAUUGCCUUC